AUGUCGUCAGAACUUCAAACUGCAUCAGAUUUCAGGGUAAAGUACAGCAGAGAGGCCCACGAAGACAGAGGAGUGAGACGGCAAGGAGAGGUGGAGCUGCAGCAGCCUGAAGCUGGGUUACCAGAAGCUGAUGAGCACAGCCAGAGGAAACUUCCCGCUGUGAGAAGAAGCUGGUUCCGAGUUUUUGAAGUGAGCCUUGGAGUGCUGUAUCUCCUGAUUCUGGCUGGAAUCACAACACGCUAUAUUUCAGUCACUUUGGAAAAGCAGCAGCUACAGAUCGAAUACGACCAACUGAGCAACAAUUACAUCGAGCUACAGCCCCGACUUUCAGUGAAGUGUCCUGGAGAAUGGCUGAAGUUUGGACGGAGCUGUUACUUUAAAUCCACUGAGAGGAAAACUUGGCCUGAGAGCAGGACAGACUGUCAGAAUAAAGGAGCUGAUCUGGUGAUCAUAAACAGCAGAGAGGAACAGGAAUUUAUCAGUGAGCUGAAUAUGAAAGAAGAGUCUUGGAUUGGUCUGAAAACCACUUAUAAAGGGAAAAGUGGGGAACAUGAAUGGGAAUGGGUGGAUGGGUCCCCACUGACAGAGGCGUGA